ACUGUCACUGUCACUGUCACUGUCACUGUCACUCUUUUUCGUCACUCAUUUCUACUUCGUCACUCCUUUCCGUCACUCUCUACAUAUCACACUCAUUGCAGCAUCAAAAUGAAACCCCUCAACCUCCUCCUCCUCCUCACCACCCUCCUCCUCCCCACCGUCCACGCCGACAACGCCUCCAUCGGCUACGAACUCCUCUUCUACUACUACGUCUACAAAAUGGAAUACCAAUCCGGCGCCCCCCGCACCAUCGCCGUCGACUGCCAGUCCCGGGACACCGGCGGCGGGAUGUGCAAAUUCGACGAGUUCGUCAAACACGUCAUCGAAGCCGACUGGUAUCCGUCUUACGAGCCCGCGGCAGCAGACCACACCACCACGCCGGAUGAUAGCCAGUUGACGCGCAUUAACCGGAAUAUCCCGGGUAGUGCGCGACUCGACCUCGGCAAGUUGUUGAAUAAUCUCGAUCCGGAUCAAAAAGCCUACGCGAUUAUUAUUACCAAGGUGUUGCAUGCGGCCGAUGCGGCGUUCGCCGCGGACGAGAAUCUCUCGACGACGGAUAUGGCGCAGGCGGUGGCGUACGCGAAAGAGGCCAAGUCGGUGCGGAAUGAGGUGGUAUUCCCGAUUCAGCAGGAGGCGUUGCAGGGUCGUGUAGAUGCCGAAGUGUUGGAGUAUGUGCAUUCGACGCUGACGGGGUUUGAUUGGGUUCGGACGUUUGGGAAUAUUGAUCUCGCGGUGGAGGAUGGUUCGUUGGAUAGUGAUGUCGCCAAGGGGUAUAAAGCGCAGUUGCGGCUGUUUGCGCGCAACUUUCAGCAUGAUAUUUAUGUGGCGAAGGAGGCGGGGCAUUUGAAUAAUGUGCGGGCGUUGGCGACGGCGGUCACUCGGAUUACCAGGAAUAUUGAGGAUCGGGAGCCGGGUGCGACGGAGGCGGAGAUUCCGUCGACCGAGUGCUCGGAUGAGUUUAGUUCGGAUGAGACGACGUCGUCUUCGUCGUCGUCGGGGUCGGAUUAGUUGACAUGAUAUUGGGGGAUGUGGUGAGUGCGGUGGUGUGCUUGAGGUGUAGUUGUAUAUCGGACUGUUGUAUUCACUAUGUAUAUGAGGGCUCUUUGUGGAAUUAUCCGAUUUGCUAUAUACUAUGCAAGUACUGUGGCUGCUGUAUAUGGCAAGGACAGCAUAAGAGAGAUCUGUCAAUAGCCAUGGCCAAUUGGUCACUAGUUAGCCUGUCAUGAAGCCCAAGUACCUUCGAAAUGCUUAGCAUACUAUUACAUAUCCC